AUGGCAGUGACAAGAACAUUGUUCGUGUCAGUUUUUAUUGUGGUCUUGAUAAGUUGCAAGCAAUGCGCAGCACGUUCUACCGGAGAUAUAAUAAAGAAUGACUUGGAUGUUGCAGAAGGAUUCCGAAUAGGCUUUGACGGAGAUAUCACACUUAGGAUGCCUGCAGUUAUUUCAAGAAAUGUAAUCAUAGUCAUCAACGGAAUUAUAGACCCACAUCAUGCAACGUUAACCGUGGAAUUGCCAUCUGAAAGCGGUGGACAGAGUUGCCUAAUACGAUACGAUUUUCGGGAAAAUAUUCUUAAUAUAACACAGGCCGCGGAUGGCAAUGUUUAUACUACUUACACCGACCUCCAAAUCUCACCUGAACUUUCUGUUGGACCUACGUUUACGUUGACUUUGCAUGCAAGGGUCGAUACUAGCAACGAGCACCUGCUUGGUGUGACUUUCAAUGGAAACGGUGAUGGUGACAGUGAACAAUUAUUGUGCAAGAUCCAGAACUUUGAAGACAUUGACAAAAUAGUGAUAAAGGAAGGUGUCGCGAUAGUCAACAGUUUGUUUUAUAAAUUCAAGUGA